AUGAGCAGGGCCUCUCGCUUUCGUACUGGGAGAGCCCCACGGGACAUCGAUGUCGAUACAGGCCAGCAUGUACCCGGCCACCAAGAGGUCGCUGCACGAGCAGUGUACAUUUCCGAAGGCUCAGGCGGUACCCGACUCACGAAACGUCCCACUUUGACCAAUAUUUCGCUCCAGCUGCCCGCAGUCGCACCGUCUGAAUUGCAGGACCAAUUCGCAUCGUGGAAACCUAUGCCCCACGACACUUUCGAUCCGGCUAGCGCCAUGUCCCACGUCCCUCCAGAUAAUAGCGAGGAGGGUAAUAUAGAAGAAGGGUCCACCGGGCAGAAACGCAAGAGAUCAACCCCAUGUCGCAAUGGCGACCUCUGCUGUCUAUGUAUCUGGACGAAAUACUCCGACUCGAAGGGCUCGGCAACUCCUCUGCGUAUCCCAGUUGUGCCCACUGUCAAGCGCAAAUGCACCCCGAUGACCCGUCAUCGACUCGGUUGUUUCGCUGUGAGGAGUGUGGGCAGCAUUUGCAGUGCGAGAAGUGUUGUUUGGCUCGGCAUCAAUCAAUGCCUUUGCACCAGCUUGAGGAAUGGAACGGCUCUUUCUAUGUCCCUUUUCAGUUGUCCCAGCUCGGCCUCGUUUACCAGCUCGGGCAUGGUGGACUUCCUUGUCCUCUUCCUGAGGACGACCCCCAUACGAUUACUGUUGUCGACAUUUCAGGAAUACGCACUGUCACGAUCCGUUAUUGUGGCUGCAACCGCGCUCUGGAUCUCGAGCAUUGCCAGCAAUUACUUCGAAACACCUGGUAUCCAGCUACAGUCACCGCCCCGGCUACAUGCGCCACCUUCCGGGCUCUGCGACUUUUUAGGCUUCUCAACGUUGUCGGUAACAUGA